AAAUCUCCAUCGACGGCCAAGAUUCGCUCCCCUUGGUAAAGGUUGUCGAGUAUCUCGAAUCUUCCAUGUCCACCGAUCUCCUCGGCAAGUUCCCGGACAACUCUGCUUUCGAUUUCAACUACGCACAGAGCUCCAUUUGGUCCCCUCUGCUCCCCCGGCCGCCGCCAGCCGCCGCCGCCAGACUCGACCUUUCCCGUCGGCUGUCGUACGGCGAAACCGGCGGCUUUAUGGAAAAUACGAAGAAAAUGGCUGCGAAAAUAAAGAGGAAAUUUGCCGAUACCGUACUUGGAAAUGUCAGGGGAUGCAGUAAGAUGAAGAGGAGAAAGAGGAAGUCUUUCGGGCUUUCUCAUGCAGGCUCGGGCCGCCGGCUGUCUUCGUCUUCCCCAAGUCCAAAGGCAUGGGCUAAAGUGAUGAAAGCAGCUGUGAAGAAAUUCAAGAAGAGAAAGAACAAGAAUGUACACUUGACAUCUUGAGACUUAAUGAUUUACAUGAUAUGUAAUGUAUUUCUCUAUUUUUUUGGUUGCAAAGUCAUUUUGAUAUCACUAAUAAGUGAUUAAAAAUCAAAUAGUUGGUGCUACUAAUUUUUUGUAAGGUAAAAAAUUAUGCAAAAUUAUUCGGAAAAUCAUACUGGUGUAUGAUGCGGUUAAGGUGAAUCAGACGUUGUAAAUUACAAUUUACUUUUUUCUAAAAUAAAACAACAUUAAGUUUAUGCGAAAAUAGG